CUGCCCUGGAAGUCCCUGACCAGUAUCAUAGAGUACUACUACAUGUGGAAGACCACAGACAGAUACGUACAGCAGAAACGGUUAAAAGCAGCAGAGGCAGAGAGCAAGUUGAAGCAGGUCUACAUCCCUAACUAGUGAGUAUCUACAGCGUCUCCGAUAGACUGAGACAGCAGGUCCUAAUUAGCUCUAAUGUUAACUCUUUUGAAGUCUGCAGGUCGGAAGGCUCUGUAUAGGCAUCAGCUGUGUAGUGGUGGAGCUUCCACCAUAUUGCUUAAUGGGACAAGCUGCAGUAUGUUGCAUUUCUGAGAAUCCUCUGCCCACUUCCUCAUAGCAACAAGCCCAACCCCAACCAGCUGAGUGCUAACAGUGUGAACAGUGUGAAGCCUGGCGUUGUGGGAGGCCUAGUGAACGGCUCCGGAGCCACAGCUGGAGCCACAGUCGGAGCUGGGGGUGUGCCUGGAGCUCCGGGGGUGGUCCCAGUGCCCCCAGGACAGACCCCAGGACUGGGCCGGGCCUGCGAGAGCUGCUACAGUGAGUACCACUCCCCCCACACCCAGUGUUUUUGCUUCAUUUAAAGCGCAUGGAAUUGAGAGUGAGGGAUAGGUAGAGAGACACACACACACACAGGGACAGACACACACACACACACACACACACACACACACACACACACACACACAGUGUAGAAACUGGCACAACGGGGCAAUGAAUGGGUACAAUGUGUAGUCUGGAGGUGGCUGUGCUGACCACUUCACCCAACCUAUGACAUCGUGAAAAUCACUCCUGUCCUGUUUCCUUGGAUGAUCUCCAUUCCAUACUGUAGUAAGGCUCCAAGCCAUUGCCUCUAUGGCUGUCCUUUAACAAUGGAGUGAGUGAGUGAGCUCAGCUCACUCUGCAGUAGAAUCUAGUCAAGAGCUAUUUUAGUGUUAAUUAAUUCAGUCUUAAAUGAUUAAAGAAUGUCACUAACUCUGUGUAUGUGCACGUGUCUCUGCGUGUGUGUGCAUGUGUGUCUGUGUGUGUGUCUCUGUCUCUCUCUCUCUGUGUGUUUAGCCAUCAGCUCGUACCAGUGGUACUCGUGGGGUCCCCCCAACAUGCAGUGUCGUCUGUGUGCCUCCUGCUGGACCUACUGGAAGAAGUAUGGAGGACUGAAGAUGCCAACAAGACUGGAAGGAGAGAGGCCUGGACCCAACCGCAACAACAUGGUAAACAACAACAACAACAACAAACUGAGAUAUCAUGAUUAGGAUCAGAAGGUUUUCCCAGGUAAUGCGAACUGAGAUAUGAUUAGGAUCAGAAGGUUUUCCCAGGUAAUGCCAACUGAGCAGGAGAAACUCCUGGCGCUCCUAAAUGUCAACCUACAACCCUUUGACUUGGACUCCUCUCUUGUCUGAUUGUUGUCCAUUCUCUAACGCUUUCUCCUCUGGCUCUUCUCUCUUCCUCCUCCUCCUAUUUCUCCUCCUCUUCCUUCUCAUUCUCUCUCCCUUCUCACUCUGUCUCUCUACUUUCUCUCUCCCUCCCCUCCUCCCCUCCUCCCCUCCUCCCCUCCUCCCCAGUCUCCCCAUGGUGUUCCCAUGCGUCACAGCGGGAGCCCCAAGUUUGCUGUAAAGACGAAACAGGCCUUCUACCUGAUGACCACUCGGGUGACACGCGCCGCCCGACGCGUCUGUCAGGACAUCAUCAGACCACGCUUCCUCGCCAGGCACCCCUACCUCCCCCUCAACACAGCCCAAAUCAAACAAGAAUGUGAGUAACAUACUACACCUCUACCUACACCCCUCCACCCCUAUCCUCCACCCCUCCACCCCUAUCCUCUACUCCUCCACCCCAUCCUCUACUCCUCCACCCCUAUCCUCUACUCCUCCACCCCUAUCCUCUACUCCUCCACCCCUAUCCUCUACUCCUCCACCCCUAUCCUCUACUCCUCCACCCCUAUCCUCUACUCCUCCACCCCUAUCCUCUACUCCUCCACCCCUAUCCUCUACUCCUCCACCCCUAUCCUCUACUCCUCCACCCCUGUCCUCUACUCCUCCACCCCUAUCCUCCCCCCUCCACUCCUACCUCCCCCCUACCUCCCCCUCAACACAGCUCAAAUCCAGGCCUAGUGAGAGUACUGAGUAGACCUGGGUCCUGGUUAUUAAGGCAGCACCAAAUGUAGGAAAACUGAGUAAAACAGGGAGAGACUACCUGUAAUAGUCCAAAAAAAAUGUCAAUUUUUUCCUUUUCUGUUGUAAAAUGUUUUAAAAGGUCUCAGUGGCUGUCUUAACAUACUACACCUCUACCCCUAUCCUCUACUCCUCCACCCCCUAUCCUCCACCCCUAUCCUCUACUCCUCCACCCCCUAUCCUCUACUCCUCCACCCCUAUCCUCUACUCCUCCACCCCUGUCCUCUACUCCUCCACCUCUCCACCCAUAUCCUCUACCCCUAUCCUCUACUCCUCCACCCAUAUCCUCUACCCCUAUCCUUUACUCUCCUCCACCCUAUCCUCCACCCCUAUCCUCCACCCCUCCACCCCUAUCCUCCACCCCUCAACCCCUAUCCUCUACCAAUCCUCUACUCCUCCACCCCUAUCCUCUACUCCUCCACCCCCAUCCUCUACUCCUCUACUCCUCCACCCCUAUCCUCUACUCCCUCCACCCCUCCUCUCCCCCCCCUAUCCUCUACUCCUCCACCCCUAUCCUCUACUCCUCCACCCAACCUCAUCCUCUACUCCUCCACCCCUAUCCUCUACUCCUCCACCCCUAUCCUCUACUCCUCCACCCCUAUCCUCUACUCCUCUCCUCUACUCCUCCACCCCCAUCCUCUACUCCUCCACCCCUAUUCCUCCCCCCUCACUCCACCUCCACCUCCCCUCUACCUCCCACUCAACACACGCUCAAAUCCAGGCCUAGUGAGAGUACUGAGUAGACCUGGGUCCUGGUUAUUAAGGCAGCACCAAAUGUAGGAAAACUGAGUAAAACAGGGAGAGACUACCUGUAAUAGUCCAAAAAGAAAUGUCAAUUUUUUCCUUUUCUGUUGUAACAUUUUAAAAAGGUCUCAGUGGCUGUCUUAUGUAACUGGCUACUGAAAUGUGACACACAUACUAACCCUGUGCUGUGGUGUUUUCCAGGUGCACUACGGUUGCCAGACGAGCCCAAAAUGCCAUUGCCGCUGAAGCCGGUUGACAGGAAGCCUCUGGAGUCAGUGGUCCGAUAUCUUGGUGGGAAUCUAUCUCACCCAUCUGUAGAGAAGUCUCACAUUUUCAGUCUGAUAAAUGGCAUAUAUUAAAUAUAAUAGUCUGUUUUAGCCAGUGUUGAUUUGAAAUUCAUGAUUUGCUGAUUAAACUCAAACAUCUUCCUAUUUUCUCUUCCUUCCUCUCUCUCUCGCUCGCUCUCUCUCCCCUCCCUCUCCCGUGCCCAGAGGCCCACCCGUGCCCUCCCAAACCUGACCCCCCACGCGGCCAGACCGUCACCAUGGGCAGCCUGACACCCAUCAAGUCGACGCCCAACAUCCUCAACAAUGGAUCACCCACCAUCCUGGGCAAACGCACCUACGAGCAGCACAACGGCAUGGACGGUGAGAGACAGAGGAGAGGGUCAGAGGUAGAGAGGGGUUGGAGCAGGGAGGAUGAUGUAGAUGGAAGACAGUGUGGUCAUGGCAGACAGGUAGGAUGUAGAUGGAAGACAGUGUGGUCAUGGCAGACAGGUAGGAUGUAGAUGGAAGACAGUGUGGUCAUGGCAGACAGGUAGGAUGUAGAUGAAGACAGUGUGGUCAUGGCAGACAGGGGGGAUGUAGAUGGAAGACAGUGUGGUCAUGGCAGACAGGUAGGAUGUAGAUGGAAGACAGUGUGGUCAUGGCAGACAGGUAGGAUGUAGAUGAAGACAGUGUGGUCAUGGCAGACAGGUAGGAUGUAGAUGGAAGACAGUGUGGUCAUGGCAGACAGGUAGGAUGUAGAUGGAAGACAGUGUGGUCAUGGCAGACAGGUAGGAUGUAGAUGGAAGACAGUGUGGUCAUUGCAGACAGGUAGGAUGUAGAUGGAAGACAGUGUGGUCAUGGCAGACAGGUAGGAUGUAGAUGAAGACAGUGUGGUCAUGGCAGACAGGUAGGAUGUAGAUGAAGACAGUGUGGUCAUGGCCUCCCCCCCCACCCCUUCCUUUCUCCAACUCAUCUUUCUCCACCUCUCCCUCCCCCACCUCUCCCUUUCUCCAACCCUCCCCACCUCUUCCUUUCUCCACCCCUCCCCUCCCCCACCUCUCCCUUUCUCCAACCCUCCCCACCUCUUCCUUUCUCCACCCCUCCCCUCCCCCACCUCUCCCUUUCUCCCCCCCUCCCCUCCCCCACCUCUCCCUUUCUCCCCUCUCCCACCCCCUCCCCACCUCUUCCUUUCUCCUCCCCUCCCCCACAUCUCCCUUUCUCUCCCCUCUCCCACCCCUCCCCCAACUCUCCCUUUUCUCCAACCCUCCCCUCCCCACCUCUCCCCCUCCCCCACCUCUCCCUUUCUCCCCUCUCCUACCCCUCCCCCACCUCUCCCCUCCCCCACCUCUCCCUCUCCCUCUCUCUCUCUCUCUCUGUAUAUCCAUCUCAGUAGGUUGUAGUGAAUGCUGGUUUCUCUCCCUCUGGUUUAUAUAGCUCCAGGCUAUGGUGGGUGUUGUCAUGGUAAUGGAAUGGAAUGGUAGCCAGGAGCUAUCUGAGACUAGAGGGUCACCGGUAAUAACCCUCAUCCUCUCCUGGACCAGACCACACUCACUAGGGACUAUGUCCAUGUUCUGUUCAGAAAGGAGGAGCAUAUAUAUGUGUGUGAGAGAGAGGCGCUACCUACACUGAGUGGUUGUACUGUGUGUUCUAGUAUAGUUCUGCAGGGCAGACUAGCUAGUAGCUACAGACAUCUUCUCUGGGUUUGGAGUUUGGACGGGAGCCAAGUCUCCAUGGAUACGUGCUGUCUGACUAUUCUGACCGGCACUCCAUGUCUUUCUCUCCUUUGUUUUGGAAACAUCCUCUGAGGUUAAAGAAACUCUUUCACAUCACAGACUGCACUACUACAUUAAUAACAUGUAUAGGCUACAACAUCUGAUUGAUAUGUUGUGUGAACAGAUCAGUUGGAUUAUAGUCCUGUUUACACAAUUGUCUGUAGUAGUCUGUGUCUGUAAUUGUCUGUGUCUGUAGCAAUGUAUUUCUGUCCUCAGGGUUGGGGUUUGGGACAGGAAGUUUGUCACUGGGUAGAGUGGAUGUCCUGAAGCGCAGGGCAGAGACACGGCAGACAUGAACAUGCAGUUCGACAUAGACCACAAGGGGGCAGGAUAGGUCAUAUUUUAUGGCUGCCGCUCCAUCAGCAUAAGUUAUGAAUGCACCAAAGGCUUAAAGAUAGACUACAUAGUGUGGCUGUGUGCAUUUGCUGUGUGUGUGUGUGUGUGUGUGUGUGUGUGUGUGUGUGUGUGUGUGUGUGCGACUGUGUGUGUAUUAAUAUCCCUCUCUCCUGUGCUAGGAACAAAGCCCAAAGCCCCACAGUGGGACAUCAUGGCAAAGAGAACAGCUGAGCCAGGCAGGACCACCUCUGCCCCGAUGCAGCAGGACGAGGUACAUGAACUGGACUGACUGACCACAGCAGGGACCUCACUACAGCCUUCGUACAAGGUAGGAAACCUCUCAUUCAAGGAUUCAUUGAUUGAUGGCUGAUUGAUUGAUUUGACGUAAAAUGUACUCACGCGUGACUGUAAGUUGCUUUGGAUAAUAGCAUAUUAUGUAGGGGAUAGACGCAGACGUGCUGUACAUUACCCUUUGCGGAGUUCAUCUUUCCAAGGUAAUGUACAGAACGGAGGCGUUUAUCCAGCUUACACCACAGUUGCCAAAGAAAACAAUACUAAAGCACACAUUUACCGGUAUAAUUUUUUUGGUUGAUAUUUUUAUAAGACAAUUUAUACUUUCUCAUCUUUUUGCUGCUAGAGAAGUUUGUUCGAUAUUUAUGGAUGCGACCCAGUUGUUCGUUCUAUAUGUUCCGUUGCCUUACUCGCUGGCAACGUUCUUGUCCCUUGCUUGCUAUCUAGCCAACUAGCUACGGCUAACACAGUCAUGACCUCUGCAGCCAGAAUUACAGCAAAGUAGCUGCAUUUGCGUUUGUUUAAGCUGUUUUCUAUUGACAUUCAUUUGGAUACAUCCAUAACAAUGAGCUGAUGAUGCCCGAUUUUGCCUGGCAUAGCUAGAAAAGUUUGCCUUCUCAGGACACUCGACACUGAUCAUUACAAGGAGAUCACAUUGCAUAUCAACCGCUAGGCUAGAAUCUACCCAGAAAGACACACAGCUGUAAUCGUUGUCAAAGGUGCUUCUACAAAGUAUUGACUCAUGGGUGUGAAUACCUAUGUAAAUGGAAUAUUUCUGUAUUUAAUUUUCAAUAAAUUAGCCAACAUUUCUAAAAACAUGUUUUCACUUUGUCAUUAUGAGGUAUUGUGUGUAGAUGGGUGAGAGAAAACAUUUUCUUUCAUAAUUUUGAAUGUGGAAUAAGUCAAGGGGUAUGAAUAAUUUCUGGCAGUAAGUUUUUCCUCAUUGGCCUGCGUUUAUAAUGUAUCCAAUUUGGGUUUGUGUAGUUGUUGGUUAAGCUUUCUGUAACUUUGUAGCAAGUACAGUCUGCAUGUGUAGGCGCAUAUUGCAUCAUGAUUUCAAGGUCCCCCGAUAUCUUUUCCAACUGUCACAUUAUCUGGUUUUAAAUGUCCAUUCUAGAAUGCCUUCUAGCCAAUCAGAAACAAGUAUUCAGCAAUGCUGUGGUAUAAUAUAUUAUAUUAUAUAUGAAGAUGCCUUGUCCAUAUGGGUUUAUAAAAUACUAGAUAUUCCAAAAGUAAUCCAUUUACAGUGUGUUAAAUAAUACAGUAUUGUGCAGUAGCAGUAGAAUCAUAUAGUGGAUUAUAAGACAUAGUCAAGUCUCAACCCUCUUCUUGUGUUUUCUUACCCCAGGUAAAUGAAAUGGGAAGGCAUUUUUCCACAUCCAGAGAUGGAGUUGGGGGGGAUUUGAGUGGAGCAGGGCUGGAGGCCGCAGCACCAUCAUUGAUUGGCCACCAUCUCACACAAUCAGCAUGAGCCUGCAAACUGUCAAAGACCAACCAACCAAUCGUCUUUGGGAAUGGAAGGAAUAGAACUAAGGCUGUGGCCUAUCAGAAGACUGCCUGACUGUACAGGACUGUGUUUAUAACUUAACCUUUCUUGUUAUUACUGUCAUUACUGUAAUUAUUAUUUUGUUUCUUUUUGUUUUCAUUUUUUUACCAACUAUAACCCGAAGCUUAAGUUUAAUUGUUGAUAAUAAUAAAAAAAACUAUGAAACUUAAAGUUUCAUGAAAACUGCUUGCGUUGUUGUGUGGAAAACCCCUGUGGAAAAGGGUGAAAGAAGGACUGUCUGUAUUGUAAUAUAAGCCACUUGCAUCUUUUUUUAACAUGUUUAUUAAACAUAUGACAAGGAGAUGAACAUUAAUUUCAAUGACGUAAGUAUACUUCCUUUUUUAUUUUUAUUUUAUUAUUUUGAAAUCUUCUCGAGGGUUCUGUUUUGUGAGCAGACCCGACCCUAUUUGGCCAGAGGUUUAACUUAUUGAGAAAGACUGAAACAUGCUGUUUUUUCUACCUUUUUCACAAGUAAUGCAUCUAUGCUUCAAUGAUGUAAUUAAAAUGAUAAUAG